AAGAUUUUAGUUGACUAUAUAAUUGUGGCAAUUUACACCAUAUUAAAGCCUACAAGUCUUAACAGGCUGGGUUCCCUUUAAAAAAAGAGUUUAUUUGGGAAAUUGUGAGUGCCAUUUUUAAAUCGCGCGAGUCAAUAUUACAGAUCGUUUCCUGUUGCGAAACAACACUGCUUUUGGUCCACUGUUUGGGCGCCAAACUUCUUUAUCUUGAUUGGAUGAAACGCAAUAGAGGCUGCAACCAAUGAAAUAUGGCAUAGUUUUAUAUUAAAGACAACGAGGUUGUCAGACUCCAACUGUCCGUGGUUAGAAAAAUAGUAAUAAUAACACUAAUUCAUCACUCAACAAACUGCGUACAUCAUGAGUGGAAGAGGCAAGGGUGCGAAAUCAAAGGCAAAGUCCAAGUCACGGUCUUCUAGGGCUGGGCUGCAGUUCCCUGUAGGUCGUGUUCAUCGGCUGCUUCGCAAAGGACACUACGCUAAGCGCAUAGGUGCUGGAGCGCCAGUGUACAUGGCUGCUGUGCUGGAAUAUCUGACAGCCGAAAUUCUGGAGUUGGCUGGAAACGCUGCCCGGGACAACAAGAAGACUCGUAUCAUCCCCCGUCACCUGCAGCUUGCCGUGCGCAACGAUGAGGAGCUGAACAAGCUUAUGGGCGGUGUCACCAUCGCUCAGGGCGGAGUGUUGCCCAACAUUCAGGCCGUGUUACUGCCCAAAAAGACGGAGAGAGCAGCUAAAGCCAAGUAAACCGUUAGACUAACCCCAAA